AUGUCGAGUGACAAGUCUGCACUGCCUGUUGUGCUUGUGGUUGGCGCGACAGGGGCUACCGGCGGUAGCAUCGUGAAGGGUCUCCUCGCCUCUGGCAACUUUCGUGUCGCGGCACUCGUACGCCCUGCCUCGCAGUCCAAGCCUGCGACGCAGGCACUCCGCACGUCCGGCGUCGACAUCCGCAUUGGGGACCUCACAGACGGCGUCGCGAAGCUGACGGAAGCCCUUGCUGGGGUCGAUGUCGUCAUCAGCGCAGUUGUCGCGUGGUCCAUUUUGGCGCAGAAGGAUCUCAUCCGCGCCGCGAAGGAGGUCGGUGUCAAGCGCAUCGUGCCCUGCGAUUUCGGCACCCCGGGAAAGCGCGGCGUGCGCGAACUCACUGACGAGAAACUGGCCAUCCGAGACUUCAUCAAAGAGCUCGGCGUGCCGCAUACCUUCAUUGACGUCGGUUGGUGGAUGCAGAUCACCCUCCCGCUGCCCACGCGCAGCAAGGUGCGCGACGACUGGAAGGCAAUGACGUACGCGGUGUACGGCUCCGGCGACCACAAGAUGCUGGUGACGGACCUGAGGGAUAUUGGCGUGUUUGUUGCCCGCAUCGUCGCGGACCCGCGCACGCUCGGUCACGCGGUACUGGCAUGGGAGGACGAGGUUACGCAGCUCGAAGCGCACGAAAUUGGGGAACGCGCGUCGGGCGAGGCGGAGGUGCUUAAAGCCAAGAGGUUCAACGUACCUGCGGAGGCCAUCUUGAAGUACGCGGCAGAGGGCAAAGCCGAGCUCGAGAAGGACCCUUCAAGUUUCGCCGCGCAUGCAAAGCAGUCGCAGAGCGAGUACAUGUACAGCAUGCACAUCCUCGGCGAGAACACGCUCGAGAACGCCAAAGCCCUGGGGUAUCUCGACGCGCGCGAACUAUACCCCGACCUGCCAAAGCACACACUCGAGGAGUUUGCGAAGGAAUACUAUGGCCUGGAGGAGCCUGGGAAAGAGUAUUUGGUGAUAUCUGAUUGAGU